CUUAUAGAUAUUACGGAGAAAAUAGUUGUGUAUUGCAUGAAGGUCGUGGUCAAUGUAUUGGAGCACCUGGAUGGAGACGACUUUUACGCUUUACUUCUUCUUCUAUAAAUUCGGGCAAAAGAGAUAUUCAUCUAGGAAAUGUGUCUGAUCCUGUUUAUUUAUACCAUGGUAUAUUUGAAUGGGAUAAUUGCCACAAACAUUUUCAUUUUCAACAUUAUGGCAAAUUUUCAUUCGGUCAAACACCUGGGCAUAAAGUGGGAUUUUGUCUGCAAACUACAUGGCGUUACUUUAAUACAGAACACACUUAUUUAAGUACUCCGUAUGAUACUUGCGCUUAUCAAGGGAUUAGUGUUGGUUGGGGAGAUGACUAUGUAGCAGGAUUG